AUGCCCAUCUCGGUCAGGGCUACGUUUGCGCAGGAGGGCGUCUUCUUCGCGGGCGAGAAACUCAACUGCACCAUCAUCUUCACCAACGACUCGACCUCACCUGCCUCUGGCUCAACCAAUGGCCAGCACCACCAAGGCUCUGCUUUGCCACCAAGACCCUCGCUCUCGUUCCAACGCAAACCACAACUGCAUCAGGACCAACAGCAGUCGCAUCAUAACGACAGUAACGGCCAAGGCAACGGACAACAUGCUCAACCUCCAUCAUCCAGAUCAUCCAGCGCGCAGGCCAUAGCUGAAGCGAAUCGCGACAGGCCACCGAACUCACCGCCGAUCUCAUCCUUGGCAGUUUCACCCCAAAACCUACACUCUACUUCGCCUCCCAGACUGGACACCAAGGGCCAAGGUCGACCGACAACCACUCAGGCAGGCGCUGACUCUUCCCAAGAGCACGGCAGCAAAGUUCGUCCCCGGUCAGAUAUGCCCCAGCAGCGUCCUGUCACCACUACAAGCAGAGCCCUUAGUCAGACACGGGUAUCGUCAGACAUUAGUCACAUCGAUGUUAAUUUGCGCGGACAGCCGGGAUCGAGCAACAAGGACAGCCAGUUAACUAAGGAUCGCGAGCAGGAGGAGCAGGAGGAGCAGGAGCAAACAAUCGCCGCGCCGCAUCACAGUGAAGCCAGCAGCCCCAUACAUUUUCCAGACUCUCCAAUACCUCGACAGCAACAAUUGAUGCAGGAGCAGCAACAACAGGAUGAGUUGCAGCAGACGGCAUCUUCCCCUGGUCUCUUGGGCUUGGCCAGCUAUGUAUAUCGCUCAGCCUCGUUUUCAUCGCUGGCAUCCGCGUUCGGUCUUUCAGGUGGAGAGUCGGAGCCAAUACAAACAUAUGACGAGAAAAAGCUGCCACCAUUACCUCCGCCUGGAUCUGAGAACACUGAGAGGGAACAAUUACUAACAACACUAUCUUCAGUGCAGAUCAUGUCGCCAGAAAACGAGGAAGAAAAGUCGACAAGAGAGUCUCUACAGGGCAACAGCGAUCUGGAAAACGGGAAAUCGACUCAGCCAAAUGUCGACCCGGAUCAAUUGGCGCGGUUCGGGACACCAGUAGGUCUUGGCUUGGGUGUGCACGGCGGCCAUUCUAGGACUGCGACAGACGGAAGUAUGACUGGAUUGAACGAGCGCAUGAUCGAACUGCAGGUCACCGACAAUGCCGAUACUCAGUCCAUGGUGGAUGACGGUGAAUAUCAGACGCCUCGACCAUCCAUGGACUACUCUACACGGUCAUCCAUGCAGAGUGUCCGCGGACCUUUCCAGCCCCAGUUCUUUGAAUCGCGAACGCGCAGGUCAUCACUCAUGUCCACCCAUUCGAUCUACUCCAGUUCAAGAAGCUUUUCUGCUCAAGGAUCAAAGAAGGAAGCAUUGCUGUGGGGCUCUGUACAGGUGGUUGGCCAGUUCAUGGUCGAUGGUUCGUUUAUUCGGCAGCAAGGAUUCGAAUCACUAAAAACAAAGACCAUGUAUCGACCCACGGGAAGUUCAGGGGGAGGCGCCAUCGGCGGUGGAACCUUGGGAACAGUCAACUCAUCUGACUGGAGGGAUCGAGCAAAUGCAAACCGACUGUUUCCUGUAUUUUCAACGCCCCCAUCAAUUCUUUUUGUCGACUUACAGCUUGCUCCCGGUGAAUCGACCUCAUAUUCCUACCAGAUCGAGCUCCCGGCAGACUUGCCACCGUCACACCGCGGCAAGACGAUCAGAUUCGCCUACAACCUAGUACUUGGAGUUCAGCGUGGAAGUGUCCAUACCCCAGCCAAAAGUGUCCAGCUACCCUUUCGGCUCUACAACAACAUUUCGGAGCUGGGCACUAGGCCUGUAUAUGACUUAAUGAGCCCUGUUAUCUUGCACAAGGACACUGCGAUCUCAAACGUUGUAGGCGAGGGACGAGCACCUGAGAAACCUCUUGAGAAUUCAAAAACCGCACGGAAGCAGUUUGAGGACUAUGUGGACGAGCUUUUAAGGAACAUUAAGCCGAGCGGCGAGGAACUUGGUCCGGCGCAAGCGCGUGAGCUGACUCGUCGCGAGAGCGACGCAUACAAGGACGAAGAAGCUGUACUUUCACAUACAUGUCUGGAAAAAGUCGCAUUGCUUUCUAGAUCGACCAGUGCAGCGAGUUACGAUAUUUGUAAGAACAACGUUCCAGUGGCCAAGCUUUCGUUGAUCAAGACAAGGUUCAAACUGGGAGAGAAUGUUUACGGGAUUAUAUCGUUUGCCACGCGCGAGAUCCCUACGUAUCAAAUAUCGGUGACACUGGAGACCGUGGAGGCGAUUGAACCCAGCUAUGCAUGCCGUAGCGCAGCUCAGACAGUCAAGUUAACAAAACGCGUCCAUGCAGAGCUGCACGAGUCUUGUAUUGACACCAUGCGUACGUCUUUUUCGCUCUGCAUCCCACCCACUGCUACGCCUGAGUUCAAGACAUCGACGCUGACGCUGAAAUGGUACAUUCGCGUCGAGUUCAUCACAGGCCCAGCAAACCAGCCCCGAUUCAAGAUGACGAGUGUUGAUGAGAGACGGUCCCAGUACCAGGCAGUUGAGUCCCUGUUGACGGAAAGUUUUGAUUGCUCAGUUCCGAUCCAGGUCUACCCUACCUCGUACGAAACUGGAGCACUCUUCCCUCCUUCUGUAGCAUUCAGUCUUGUGUAG